AAGAAAUGACAAAAGCUUCUCUGAUCAUCCUUGUUUCUUUGGCUAUUUGCAUUUUGUCUUCACUCAAUUUGGCUUAUGGAGCAGCAUCCGAUCAAAACAAGUUCACCGUCGUAGGUCUUGUUUAUUGUGAUACUUGUCGUGUUGAAUUUCAGACUAGCAUAAGCGAACCUAUUUCUGGUGCAACAGUAAAAUUGGAAUGUAGGAAUCGAACCAGUGAAAAAAUUACUUUUCAAAGCCCAGAAAUAACAACUGAUGCUGCGGGAAGCUACAAAAUUGAAGUGACAGGAGAUUAUGAAGACUCAGACUGUGAUGUCAACUUGGUGAAGAGUCCCCGAGCGGAUUGUAAUGAUCCCACAGAAGCGUGGAGGAAAGCCAGGGUGGAACUCACCGCAUUGGAUGGUGUUACCGGCCCAAUUCGCUUUGCCAACAAUCUUGGGUUUAAAAAGAAAGAAGCUCUUCCAGGUUGUAAAAAAGUUCUUACAGACAUGGGUUAUUAUGAGCUUAAGGAUGAACUUGGAAGCGAAGCCGUGUGACAUAUUUGUUCUGACUUGUUCUCGUGUAAUAAGAA